GGCCUUCUUCUCAUUAAUUGGACCCCAUAGGAUCGCAAUGGCACCCUUCGUGUACAAUGCUUUGAGAGAAAACGAAAUCAGACUCGUCGAUAUCUUCCCAGCUGGAGGCAACGAGGAGCAGAUUGAGAUUGGUUUGAGUACUACAAAUUUAUCACGGUGUCCGGACUAUCGACUGUUGACCUACACAUGGGGCAACCCAGAGGAGAGGCGCAUAGUCAAAUGUAACGGGCAUGAAAUACAAGUACUACAAACUGUGAAUUCUGCUCUUCUGGCUCUGCGUGAGAACCAGAGCCUUUCAACACCCCUCUGGAUUAGUACGCUAUAUAUCAACCAGGAAGAUAACUCGGAGAAGGGGAAAAUUAUGGGUCAAACGACACACAUCCUGGGGAAGGCUGUUCGCACAAUUCUCUGGGUGGGACUGGCGAGCGUCCAUACUUCAGCGGCGUUUGAAGUGGUCUCAAAGCUCGUAUCGGCUCGAAGAGGAGUUUUACAAGAUGUGCCACUGUCUGAGAUAGGUCCCCGAGCCCUGCAGACUGCACGCGAAAAAUAUCGAGAGAUCGUAUCUCUUUCUCCACCUACAGAGUGGAAGGCUUUAGAAGACAUUACGGGACGGCAUAUGUUUACAAGGCUGGGCUUGGGCAGUGGAGGAUAUCGUGUUCGCACAGGCUCUGUUACUCCGCUGUGGGUGGUUUGAAGUUGCGUGGGAUGACCUCUGCCUUGGUUUGGAUGUUUGCACCUCGAGCGGCGUACGGAACGAAUUACGCAACCCUGGAGCACAAACUAUUCUUCAUCUGAUUUUUUUAACAGAGCAUCACUUGAACGGAUGACCUGUCUCUCCGGGUCAUGUUUUAGAAACUCUGCGGGAUCUGACCGCGACAGAGCCACGAGAUAAGAUGUAUGCAGCUAUGUCAACCAUAAACGCCACAGCACC